AUGGGGCCAUACACGACCAUUCAAGUAUUCGACAUCGACGCCUCGGUGGCUGUACUCUGCAUAGAAAUCGUCAUAUUCAUUGCGAUGAUUUCGUAUCUGCCUCCUGUUGCACAGCUACCGAAAUCGCCGGACAAGGUGGCCAAGCCUGAUCCGAUCCAAUGGCUGCGCACGAAUAAUAUGUUCAAUGUCGACCUGAGCUCUUCAAGCUCCCCAAAAUAUCUCCCCAUCAAGGGACGGUCCAGCAUGACAUUAAACUGCAUUCAAAGACGAUGUCGCUGCGGAGGCGUUGGAUAUGACGGAACCCUUGCCCCAAGAGAUGUCACCGUCCCUCGUGUCGGCGAGAAGCGCAAGACGGACGACGAAGAUCUUCGUGACGAGGUCAAGCGCCUGCAGAUUGGAAACGGCGGCCUUCGAGGCAAGAUCGACGGGAUGAUGCGCAUUCAACAGCAGUUUCAGCAGCGAAAUUCCUUCUCGCCACCGGCUCAGCUGGGGUUUUCACGCGACAUCAUCCCAAGGGGCCAAGUCAUCGUGAUUGACGAUGAAGACGAGGCUGGCAUCGAAUAA